AUGAACGCGUUCAUAACUGAUCCUUCGCCAAAUAAUAACAUCAUUCUUUUAUUCACAAUAUUUUCUCCGUAUGCUUGGAUAAUUGGACAAACGUGGAUGUGCAUUGAUUUUACCAAAGGUAACGGAGGUAAAAUAAGAAAAUUUUUGUCCAUGGAUUUUUUUGUGAUUUUGGAUCGUCUAAAUGUUGCAAUUUAUAUAUUACAUCCUUUAACUCUGAUAUACGUCAUUGCUUGCACUACAAAACCUUUUGAUUUGUCGAUGCUAACUCUGUGUAUGCUGCACGUAUUCGUGAUGUUCCUGUCGAUAAUUUUUUCCUUUCUUUUCUAUUUAUUUCUUGAAACUCCAUUUAAGUCUAUUGUUAACAAUUUAUUUUUCAAAUUUGAUUCAAAUAAAACUAAAAGUAUGAAAAACCAAUACCAAUUGCUAAACAAUAAGAAGUUCAAAAAUUUAUAA